AUGAUGGACGAUAGUGAGAUUGAACGCAUUUAUUCGCAGCAGCUACACGAAGAGCUAUUGAACCAAACUCGCCUGGCAGUAACUCAAUUCAUUGAGCUAUGCCCUGAUGUGUUUGGAUUGGAAAACUUGAUUCUUCAGACUGAUCAAUUCCUAUCGCCAAUUAAUGAAAGAGUCGCUCAAUUAUACCAAGAUGUUUGUGAAACUUAUAUUGAUAACGGCUUGCCUUUUGAUCAUGCAUGGAAUUGGAUUAUGCUGUGGAGACAGCAGCUCUCAUUCAAAGCUUUAGCAGACAACUAUGGCCAAGAUCAAGUUGUUACGGCAGUGCAUCCAAGAGCCAGAAAAGCAGUUAGCCAAAUCUACAAGGAGAAUUUGGAUAAAUACAUGCAGUGGUUUCCAUGGUCCUGGUUCUCGGAAAUGCAGUUCAUUGGUGCCGGUGGGUUUUCAGCUGUCUAUUCUGUUUACAUGACACCUGCCUACGAUCCACAGCCACUUCGCAUGGCGCUGAAAAUUGUAGAUGAUAAACUCUUGAACGAGAUUUCAGUUCAAUCAAAAGCCUUUCUCCCCUUACUGUUUCAAGGACUCACAGUCUGCGAGAGCACCGGCGACUUGAUGAUGGUUAUGAAAUGUAGCAACGACGGCAACCUCGAAGACCACAUGCAGCAGCUUCCACUAGGCGACCUUGACUUGAAAACAAUUACAGGCACAAUUCUUCGACUAGCAGCCAACCUAGCCGAUCUGCAUAAAGUUGGCAUGUGUCAUCGCAAUGUUCACCCUCGCAACAUUGUAUGCACUGAUUCAGAUUACUUUUUGGUUGAUUAUCGGUUUGCAACACCUUCACGCGAAUCAUCGUCGGUUACAGCACUUACAAAAGCCGUGUAUGGUCGUUUGCCUUACGUCGCCCCUGAAGUGCGUCAAGGCAUUUACACUGAAAAGUCUGACAUCUAUAGUCUCGGCAUCAUCAUUUGGCAGCUCGUCAGCAAAGUCAUUUUCCCUUCACCCGAUGUGUUGCUAGACGGCAACAAAGGAUCCGAAGAUCACGUAUAUCGCAUCGAACCAGUUCCAGGAUUGCCAGAUUGGUACCAAAAACUAUACGUCGCCUGCCUAGAACCUCGACCUGAGAACCGCCCUGACGCCUUGGAAAUUUGUCAAGCAUUACAGCCCAUCCAUAAUGGACUUGACUUUUCUGUGCCCUUGGAUCGAAGAGUUACUGAGUAUAUUGUAGCGAGAAGAGCAGAAGCUGCGGAUCAUCUUCGAACCUAUGCCAAAGUCAAAGGCAUUGUGUCGGCAUCAACAACGCGUUUGUAUACCCUUUCCAACUUGCCCUCGACACAACAAUUCAUCGCCCUUCCCUUUGAAAAUGCUUCAUUUCAAUCCAUCUGGACAGUGACAGAUGCUUCCUCUGAUACCUUCUCUCUCUCUGCAUAUAUUGACACAACUGGCCCAACACUUAUCUAA